AUGGCCGACUUCCCGCCCAAUUUAUCCAUCCGCCCGCUCACCAUCGAAGACAUCGACCAGUGCGUCUCGCUCGAGUCACGUGGCUUCCCCGAGUCCGAACGGUGUCUGGAGGAAAAGUUCCAAUACAGAUUGACCGUCUGUCCCGAGCUAUGUUCCGGCCUCUUUGUGCGCGAGUACGGCUACAAGUACAACGCCGUCAACUUGCCCGAGGUCGUCGAGAAGUUGGAAAACGAAAAGGCCAGCAGCGGCGACGCCAACGACGAGACCGAGGGUUCUGCCUCCAAAGACGACGAGCCCGACUACGAAGAGGUGCCCGUGAAGCUGUCUGUGGUCAAGGAGACGCUUAUUGGCCACAUCAUUGCCACCAAGUCGUACCUGGACCGGAUCACCGAGCAGUCGAUGGCACUUCCCCAAGAAGGCGACCCCACCAGCGGCCAUGUGGAGCAGUCCAGACACAUUGGCGUGCACAGUGUGGUGGUGGACGAGAAGUGGCAGGGGAAGAACUUGGGCACGUUGUUGAUGCACGACUAUAUUCAGAAGUUGUCCAACCAGGACUUGGGCUCCAAGGUGAUCAUCAUCGCCAAGGAGAGCUUGAUUUCGUUCUACGAGAAGAUUGGCUUUGUGAAUCUUGGCCAGAGCGAGUGCACGCACGGCGGAGCUGUGUGGUACGACUUGUCGAUUGAUUUGGUGCCACAAGACGAUGAAUAG